AACAGCAGUACGAGUUGAGAUGUCAGAGAGUGCGGAUUGCGGUGAUAAGAGUCAUCGGUUAAUUACUUAGUUGUGUUAAUUAUUAUACGUUUGCUGCGAUUGGUUCAUGUUUAACAAGCAUUAUUUUCUGUUCAAUCAACACCUGUUCAAUACACUUAUCAUUAAUAAACUAAUUAUAGUAGUUACGAUACUACAUUAUUAAACUGCAAGUACACGUAAACGUCGUUGAGUUAGGAAACUCACACGCGCUCGCGAUAAAACGUUUUCGAACCUUAAAGAGCUCGUUAAAGAAAAAUCCGAGUAAAUAGCAACAUUAUAUAACAUUCAUGCGCAAAUACGAACAGCUAGAACAUAUGAUAAAGAUUGAUCGCGACUCACCGUUCAAAGGAUAUUAUCUUCCGCAUCACGUGACGGGAGACGAAGAAAGCGAUUCUCACCUUAGGGGUUAGAGGGAGAAGAAAAUAUGGGUAAAGGAGACAAGAGGGGUAUCGCGCAGCGUAGCGAUGCAGGUACGAAUCUCAUGGGCAAAUUCACACAGAGUGUCCGGAGAAUCGUUCAGGAUGUAAAGGAUGAAGGAACAUCGAGUGGACAAACUAAAGAAGAGGUGAUUGAAACAAACGAAAGAUUAAGAAUCGUAAGGAUACGCCUCGAUGGAAGUUACGAGAUUGCUAAACGUGCCCUCGUUGAACUCAUGUGCAAAUAUACUGAUAGCAAGCAAGUUCGUAACGUAUUUCAACGUUACAACCUGUUAAAACUAAUGAUUAAGGAUGUCAUCAAGUUGGAGACUCAAUACUGGACACUGGUGGAUAUACCUAAACAGGAAAAACAGGAAACAGUGCCUGCCUUUGUUCUACGCGCAUGUUCCAUUAUGGAGAAGACCCACAAAAGCGGGGAGGGUGUGAAAACUUCGGCCCGUCUGGCCGAGGAAGCUGAUACCAAAAGAGAACGCAUUGAAAGACUCGAAAGUAUGACAACAGCUCAAAUUGAAGCAGAGAACACUCAAAUGACCAACGACCUGUACAGACUAUUGAAAAAGUACACGGGGCUGAGAAAUCUCAUUCGAGACUUAAAGGAGGAAUACAAUGGCUCAAAAGUGUAUCCAAUCUUUCCGCGUUAUCCGAUCCUAAAGGACAUGAUAAAGGAUAUAAUGCAUAAUCCAGACUAUAUGGAAGUUUGUCACGAGGUGGACCAAGCAUAGCGGCCAGACCCCCUCCACCGCUCGCCACGUAUGACCUUGUAAAAAGGAUCUUAGCGUGGAUGUUGGUGAAGGGGGUGUACCAGAAACGAGCCUGAGCAAAACUUUCACUUCUCCAUUCAUCGUGACUGAUUACCGCAAAUUCUGUUUUAUUUCACACUUACGGUUUCUAUAAAAAUCUACAUAUCUGUGUUUAUAGCACAUUUCGUCUGAUGAUAUUCAGCCGGUAUAUAUUUACAAGAAACCAUACAUUACCUUGUGUGUACGCUAAUUGGAAUCAUGUUUGUUAAUUGAAUGCCCGAAGAAAAUAUGCGUGAAUGUAAAGUAAGGAAAUAUGACAUUGAGUUGUGAGGAGAAAAGGAACAGAAGAUAGAUUUAAUCAAAAAAUAUAUAAUAAGACGAACGAUCCUUUGAAGAUUCUCCGUAUGUUGGAAUGAUGCUUUUAGUAUAGUAUUUUUCGUGAUAUUUUAUGGUAUCACGAGAGAUCUGCUACUUGGCGACAAUAAAUAACAAUACAAAUGCAGAAAUUAAUUUUUGUUGAAUUUUUAUUGAAUAAAGAAUUUUUAGAAUUGCAAAAUAACUUGUUGGUAUUUCAAGAGAGAAAAGGAUAAUUCAUGAAAAAUGAAAUUAUGUCCUUGUUGUGAUUUCAAAAUUUCAUCUUUUCGAUCUGAAAGAUAAGAUAAUUAUCAAAAGGAUUCUUUAAUGUGAAAAUUCAUGAAAAUGAAAAAAGAUAUAUUUCGACAGAAGCGCCAAGUACUACAAGAACAACUAAUUCCAACAUAGGGAAGAAAUAAAAUUGAUCAUCGUAGUUUCUGAUUACGAUCGGAAUAGCCGCUUGCACGUUGAAACACAAAAUACAAAAAUUAUACCAAUACGUUUCACACGUAAACGUUGUGUAAACGUGGUGUAAAAUUUCUGUUAAGGCAGUUCAUAAUGAAGAAAAUCCUAAGAGAUGUUAGAUUUAUAAGAUGUGUCCCCAUCGUCGAGUGUUGUGUAUCUUUGUAUACAAAUUAUAUCGUAUGCGCGUGCAUGUGCUUAUCAAAAUAAUAAAAUAAUUUAAGUGAUUAAGUGUGAAACGCAACACUCUGCUUUCUGCUACUCGGUGGUCGUAAUACGUGAUGCCCUCAUUAAGCAUUGUCAACUUGAUAAGAGUUUGUUGAACAAAGGAGACCUCUCUUUACCGACAAACAGGACAAACGGUAGCAAUUUAGUAAGAUAAUAUAUUUAUUCUGCGUGAAAUAUCGCUUUGCGAAUGAUGACACUCUUUUUCGUAAUACAGAAACAUUUUUGCUUCGACUACGGUGGGAACUAGAUAUUUAGGUAUAACAUCAUUAACUCAUUAAUAAUCGUUGUCGUACGCGAUGGUGUAACUGAUGCAAUACAGAAUGUAUAGCAUGGUGAUGUUACACAGAGAAAAAUUUAUUGUAUCCAUUAUUUUAUGCUAUAACUAUUUCUAUAGAGUUUAUUGAAGUUUAAUGUCGUAUCAACUAUAAAAUUAUUAGCGGUACUAUAGAAGGAUAUAUUAUAGUGCGAGAUAUUAAUUUGCACUAAUUCAUCAAAUAAUUUUGUAUCCUCGAUAGAUAUUAACAAACUUGUUUUCGCUUUAUUCGUGCAUAUUUAACACACUUGAGUUUAAAUAACGAUCUUUUAAAUCUCAUGUUGGAAGUCAUUUGAAAAAGAAGAAGUCAUUAAAAGUUCGAUACAAAAGAUUUGUCUUUCACUUCUAUCAUGAUUCUCAAAUGUCUUCUCGUAUUUUUCUUUCGUAAAAUUUUAAAUUCAGCAGGAAUAACCUUUUCUAUUUUAAAAAACAAAUGAUUCUAUACCUUUGUAUUUUGUUGUAUCUAUGCUUUAUUUAACAUUAAUUUAGAUACGUAACAUUAUACACAUAAAAUAUUUCUUAAACUCCUAAAAAAAAAUGCCUAACAGAGUUCAAAUUUAUUUAUCUUGAACACAUAAAAACAUAUUUUUUCCGUCUAGUGAAAGUGGAAAAAUUGCUAUGAAUAUUUUCACUUCGUGCAGUUCACUUAUAAUAUCCUGUACGAACUUCUUUUCAUCAUCAGUUGAAAGACUACAAGAUGUAUAUGCUGUAUUCACAUUCGACUCCAAUUAAAACGGAAUUACUGCUUUGUAUAUCUUGGUUGAAACAAUGCUAACCAUAGAUCAUACUCAUUUACGUUGUUGUAUAAUAAUGCAGAAAGAAGAGGAUGUAUUCUUUAAGAAAUUUGACAUAAUAAACAUAUCUCAUCAUUAUCACAUUUACAUAUAUACAAUAUAAAUAUAAAAGCACCUACAUGAUAUAGGCAGACACACGUGCGUACUUUUACAACAAAUUGAAAUAAAAUAUUUCACUUUAGUCAACCUCUACAUUUCCAGAAAAUAUAAAAUUAUCCAUUGUUCUACGUAACGUCGAUUCAUCUUAUAUUUCUUUGUUAUCGAAGUACAUAUGUAUGUAUGUAAGCAAGAUAUGUUUGUCUACUAACAUAAUUAUAUGAUGCACUAUACGUUUUAGAAAAACUGUUAAAUCAAUAAAAUAUCGUAUUCGCUAUAAUUCAUGAAAAAUAUUGGAGUUCGUGCAUUGACAUAACUUGACUCGAACAUUAUAUGAAUUAACUCGGCUGAAAAGAUUAACUUUCCAUCAAAUUUUUCAAUUUUUAAUUAAGAAAUAAAUUGUAAUAAAUUUAAAAAAAUUAAUAGACAUGAAAAACUGAGAAGUUUCAGCGUACAUAGCUAAUAAAACACCAUAAAUUCUAUGGCGUUAUUUAUCUUUCAUUUGCUUGCUUCAUGAAAGCUUAUGAAAGCUUAAAUUGAUUGUGGAAUAUAAUUAAUCGAUUUAUCGAUGCUUCAUCUAUCACGCUAUUAGAAUAAGCAACGGUGCAUAAAAUGAUAGCAAAAACUAAUAUAAUACGAAUAUAUAAACUAUGAAAAGUUUUGCUACGUUAUCUUAAUACUUAAAAAUCAAAUAAUGAAUUAUGGCGAAUUUACGAUUUAAAUGUAUAAAUUAUAAACUAUAUAAUCAAACGAAUUUCUGUAAACGUCCGUUUACGAAAAAAAUUCGCGGGAUAUAUCAUAAUUUGAUAUCAAAAUUUCAAUUACGUAAAUUUAUCAAAAAUCUCUGACAAACAUCUGCAAUAUUCCAUAUAUAUAAAUAAUAAUAGUUCGCAUAAUAUUUAAAAUAAGUACUUCUCGGAAUGGAAUAUUUAUUUUAAUACACAUUAUUGUGAUAUUGAUUUACAUUUCAAGUGGGACACAUAACAGCCUUGGAAAAAUCUAUACUGAGAGUUUAAAUCGUUAAAAUCUAGUCGUAAAAGAAACAAAAAUAUGAAUCAUCUACUACGUAAGUAAUAUGUAAGAAAAAAAACCAAUGGCUGACAGCUCGAAAUCAAAAUGCACGUAUAUGUAAUGCACGACAGACAUUGAGACGACAAGACGAUCUAUUAUCAAAACGUGGAUCCUCCUCAAUGUAUGUCGAUGUCUAGUGACCCAUAGGAACCCUUCCCUUGUAUGUUUAAAAUGAUUCUUAUAUCCCAAUCAAAAGCCUGUUACAAAGAAAGAAAAUAACGGAUCAGUUCAGAGAAAUGCUGGGUACAGGCAUAUACAGAAACUAAAAUGAUGAUUAAGUGGUCAAAUGACAUACUUGAUGAUUAAUAUCGAAAAGGUAAUUUAUGAUUUCGUAAUGCGCAUUGCUCUUCAAAUUGAUUCAUAUCUGGAAACAAAAUGAAACUUACGAUACUUAUGCGAAUCAAAUUUUGCAGGGAAUAAAAUAUUUUUCGAAUGGUGUUCUUUUCUAUCACACCGAUCGCCUUCAGUUUAUUGAUAUCAAAAGUAACACGUACAAAAUAAAAUUUAAGCAACCCUAAAUAAUGAGCUUACACGAACGGUACUUUAAUUUUUACAAAUUUCAUGAUAAUUUUCCGUUGUAACAUACUUUUUUCACUGAAAUACACAAGAAAUUUGGCAGUGAAUCAAACUUGAGAAGCUUUGAAUGAAAUUUAUACAAAUAUUAAUAUUAAGGUAUAUCGGAAAUGGAAAUUUCAAAAAUUAUAUCAAAUAUCAAUCAUGCGCAAGAUUAUAUCGUAUAAAAUUCUGAACAAGAACGGAUUUAAAUUUAUUUGUCUGCAUUCAGCAAAUCUACGUAAAAGAGGAAUACAUACAUACUGUAGCUAUUGACUGUCUAGAAUAGUGCUUUUGUCGUAGAUAUUUAUCUUCUUCUAUGAUCUAUGUAUAUGUAUAAAGAAACGUACAAUAUUUGAAGAAAUUUCGACACAAAAAACUACACUGCAGCUUAAUAAUUUCCAAUUUAUUUUCCAUUAAUAUUUCCUAAUUUCACCGUUAUCUAGCAUAUAUACUUAACCUUUUCUUUAAAUUAUUUAGUUAUUCUUGCAAAUACAUUACCACAUAAUCAAAUAUUUACUUGUGCUAUAAAUCAAAAAAGAAUCUAAAUACUUAAAGAUCAAAAUUUAGAAAAAAUCGCGAACAUUAUUUAUGCAAUGUUAAUUGACUAUAUUAUAUUCUUAACGUUGAUAUAAAGACCAAAGUUAACUGAAGAAUAACCACGAAAUGUACACAUUACAUAGUCUAUACAAAUUCAUUACCAAACCUUGUUUCUGAAACGUUGACUGGUUAAAUUAUAUUUAUAAUUAUUAUAUGUAUAUCCAGAUGCAUCUACGAUUACCUUGAGAUAAUUUAGUCGCGACAUAAUUCGUAUCUUUUAUGUAAAACAAAAUACCUUCUUAGACCAAUGAUCGCAUAAUGUUAAGGAGAACUUAAGGUAUAGUAUAAAGCAGAACUACAUGUAGCUAAGGAGUAAAGCUAUACUCGAUGCAAUGUCUUUGAAUUGAUGAAUAUAGCAAGUGUACUCGCCUUUUUGAUGAAACUAGGAGAGUGCCAAAUAGAUUUUGAAAGUUUAUAUGUGUGCGUAAGUGUGAAUAUGACGUUAUGCAAUGGCGUAUACAUAUAUAUUUGCGAGUGUUACUGUAAGAUUUUUAUAUAGUGUAUCGUACGUAAUAAUGUUGAUGUAGUUUUAUUUUGCUGGACUAAUUAACUGAUUGUUAAUUGUGCGUAAAAAUUUUUUAUGACUAUAUAAAACAGAAACUUUUACCUAUGCAUAAUGCAUAUAAAUUAAAUUAUUUGUUGUAUAUAAAAUCAAAUCUAUUUUAAUUUCAGUAAUUAAAACUAUUUUCAGUGAUGAAGAUAUUUAGCAAAAUUCGUUAUUUAUCGAAAAACAUAUUGAAAAUAAGUUAUUGAAGCGUGUGAAAACCAGAACUCAUCCCAGCGAAAAAAACUAUCAAUGAUAUAAGUAUAAUUACAAUAAACAUACACAUACGGAUGUCUGAUACGAGAGAUCUACCUAAUGUGUUUGAGAAUGUGUACAUGGUAGACGUAAUAACCGUGUUAAUGUCCUAUAGAAAUGUAUAACAUUCAAUGGUGCUUUGGUUUCUCAUGGGAUGCUAUUAAGAGAGGUCUUUAAACCAUUAAAGAUACGAUAUUUCUAUACGUAUAAAACACGAUAAAUAUACAAAGAAGCACUUUUUAAUCUUUAUCCCUCCGACUCUAAUAGCAAUAUGUCCAUAAAGUAAUAAAAUUUGUACGAUCUAAAAAAAAUUAGAUUUGCUUCAAUCGAUGUAUGUACAUGUUUUUAUACAAAUCGGCACAUAAUGAUUGAAAAUGUUCAGCAUAUGUCAUAUUGUAAAAAUACUAAGUUUAUUGCAAAAAGAAUAUCGGCAAGUUUAAGAUCAAUAAGGUACAUGAAGAUCAAUUACGAAAUCAAAGGACCAUUAUCCACUGAUUCAAUAUACAUAAGUGUACAAUAAUCGAAUGGCAAAUGAAAUUUAUGGCUUCAAGUAAGAAUUCAAUUUUCGAAACUUUAUCACGCGUUCUUGAUAAGUGUAUGUUUAUGGAAUCUAUCAAUGAAAAUUCGACCAAUCUGUAUGUCUAUAACCAGUAAUCGUAUGCUGUAUGACACACGUUUCAUGUACGCAUCUAAGCGAUGUAUUUCUAUAAGUGGAUAAAGAAUAUGUAUACAUAUUCGCUUUAUUACGAUAAGCUUCUGAGUGCAUAUCGAUAUGUUACAUAGACGUAAAUUUUUAUGGAUAAAAAAAAUAAAUAUAAAUAUAUAUAUUUUGACAGGAACUUCAUAAGGAAGUUAGCGAAAAUCUUGAGGAGGACCUUUACUGAGACUAUUCGUUUAGCGUACAAGCUGUGAAACGAUGCAAACGUUUACAAGCAAACGAUUCGUUGCUGAACGUUCAAUAUUGAACGAUCAUCGUAUGUCCCUAUAAAAGAAUUCUAAUAUCUUCGUGAUAUUUUCUGAUAUAAUGUACGAUGCCGCGAAUUAAAUUAUUUCGCACGUUUUAGAUCCGAUUGUGUGAGUGGCUUUAAAUACUUUCGUAUUCUGAACGAAAUUGUGCGGUCACAGUCCAUCUCAAAAAACAAAAAAGAGUCGUAAAGAAUUUGAAGAUAUAGUGUUUUCUAAUUUCAUAAUCAUUAGUGAUCAUAGGUUUUCGUCUUUUUACUCACAAUUAUAUUAUACCUAUGAUAAGUUGCCGUAAAUAAAAUAAUUCGUUUUACGCACUAUUAGAAUACAUACUAGCAUAGAGCAAGAGAUGUCAAGGUAUUAUAAGUACAGCUAGCAUUGUGUACUUCAUUGUAAAAUGUGCGAUUUAAUCAACAGACUACACAUAAAUUAAUAAGUCAAUCACCAGGCUAGAUCGACUGAGAGAACACAUUAUACAUAUAAGAUUAUACACAUAGGUCGUCUGUUAUGAUUUAUAUCGUGCAAUCUUUGCAGUCAAUAGUUAUCGAAAUAUAGAUUUUCAGAUCAAUAUGUGAAGUUUAUUAAGCGCGCACGUUUCAACGUCGCAGGAAAUUCACAAAUGUUUCUCGAACUUUGAUCAUUCAUACCAUUAAUCACUAGUCCGUGUAGAAUUUAUAAUAUACAUAUAAUCACUUGUGGUAACAUGAAAAAGGGAGAUAAGCUAUUGUGAUGUUUGUAUGUUCGUUACGGUAGAAUUGCAAAGUGGAAUUAUUUAGGAAUGCAUAGUGUAUAACUAUACUAUAAUCAUGUAUGAUAUCGUUUAGAUCUUUAUCAGUUCCAUUAUUAUGUGUAUGGAAAUUUAUUAAAGUAUAGUUAGAGUACAAUGCUCACGUUGAUCAAUUGUAAAUUAUGUCAUGCACUUGAUAAAUUUAUACACACACGCAUCUGUUCUUAUUUAACACUGGCUUUUAUUUCUAUUAAAAUUCUUUACGUCUGAUCAUAAUAUAUGAACAUGAGAUAUCUGACUGUACACAAAUUACGUUUAAAGAAUGGAGAAAAUCAACGUUCAUUAUCAAUAUACGCAUGAAUGAUGCGUUUAAUGCAAACUAUAUAUAUACUAGUCCUCGUUAAAAAAAAACGUCGAUGUCCUGACUGUUUCGUGUUGAGAAUUAAAGUUUUUGAUGUUUUAAUAACCGCUUCGUUAAAAAUAACAGAAUCUUAACGUCAAAUUAUAAUGCUGCUAAUCGUUGUUAAACUUUAAUGUAGAGAAUAUAAAAUAUUACAAAAAAAUAGUCAAAAAUCUUUUCACUGAAACACAAUUUUGCAUUAAAUCUUUGCAUGUCGAAUUUUGAUAUAUUAUUUCUAAUAUAUUGAUAUACGUAUAUAUAUAUUUAUUAAUAAAAAUUAUAGUUAUUAAUGGCAUUUAAUAUAAAUGUAUAUAUAUUUAUAUACAUUUAAAUAUAUUAAUAUAUAUAUAUAUAUAUAUUACUUUUUCAAAAAAAAAAAAAAAACUUUUAGUACUAUAAAGGACGUUAAGAUUCUAGAAAAAAGGUAGAGUUAGAAAAAACGAGAAUAGCCGACGAAUCGCAUAAUGUUGAUGUGUAUAAGUAAAACUAUUAGUUUGCAAUUCAUGUAACUAGAUAUCCGAUGAAUGUGACGUAUGUUAAUAAGCAAGUAAAAUGUUACAAGGAAACUGUGUGCGUUUGUAAUAGCGUUCCUUAAAAGGACUGGCCCUCAUAGACAACGUUUAAAGAAAAUGCAUUUAUGUAUGAACUGGUGUUCACUAGUACACAACUAACUAAUAGAUAUCAUGCUAGAUUAGUUAAAAUGUAAUGUAUGCUAGAUGUUAUAAUAGUGUUGUACUAGUGUUUACACCUUCCUAUUUAUGCGUUCUGUGUUUCCUGGUGGAAAAUAGCGAGUAGUUACGUGUACAAGUAGUUUUAAGAACGAUCUUAGUCCAUUAAUUUGAUCAGAAUUUUAUGCUAUAGUAUAUAUUGAAUGUACAAUUUUAAUUUCCCUGUAAUACAUCUUUGUUACCGCUAUAAAACUUCACUUGUUUAUUGGUUGUUAAGCUUUGUUAAUAAAAUGCCAUAAAAUUUUAAA